UGCUCGGUCGCUGCGGAAACGGCGACGUUGAAGAGGCAACAAGCAGGUGCACACGACACCAAGCGCUGCGUGAGCCAACGAAGCAAGAAGCACACAUCCAGCAGGCACGGCAAGAAGCACAAACAGGAGGCGAGCGAGUACCGCCACCCACCACCACCCCACAUUGAGGCUUUGGUGGCCUUCGAAGCAGACCCACAGAAACUCACACACACACACACACGGACCUUGCAGACUGCAUCGCACGAGCAAAGCACACGCAUCAACACACAUUCAGGCACACGCAUUCAAAAGGCACACUGCGGUGACAAUGGCGACAACAAUGAAGAGUGGUCGGGGCAUGGUGGGCACUGAUGGCUCUGGAAAGGAGGGUGCCUCUCGAUCCUCUGCCCAGCUGUUGAUGGAGAAUGAGCAGCUGUACCGAACACUGGCGCGGGAGCGCGGUGAGCGUGUGCGCACCAGCACAUCUAGUGACGAUCACGUGCACCGACAAGUGGAGAGACUGCAGCAAGAGUGCAGAUCCCUGCGCAUUCAGCUUGACGAAGAGAAGGAAGAGAACCGCAUCCUGCAAAACGAGCGCGACCGGCUCCAGCGGGAAAAGAACGCCCUCGCCUCUGGCAGAGAUGGACAAAGCGUGGAUGCCGGGUCAGAUCAGGACUCCCAGUACUACAGCGAGGAGAUUGAGCGGUUGCGGAGCGAAUGCAAACAGACACAGCUCCGGCUGAAGGAGUGCCAGCUGAAUUUGGAGAGCUCUGAGCUCGUGCUUGAGGGCUAUCGCAAGGAAGUCCACGCCCUCACUGUCGAAAGGGAGGCACUCGAGAACCUCGUCGAAAUGCUCCGCCGCGAGCAGGGCGACCCAUCAUCAUCAUCAUCUGCGCAUGUGCGCGGGGGUGUGGAUAUGGAUACGCACCAGCGGGCACUUGAGGAGCUCAUGGCAUUGGAGAAGGAUGCUGUGCAGGCGCAGAAACAACACCAAGCGGCGCAGGAGGAGAUACGGUUCAUGGCCGAGCAGAUGACACGCGAGCAGGGCCAGCGCGCGCGCGAGAUGGAGGACAUGCACAUGCAGCUCCACGAUUCAAAGAGUGCGUACGAUGCGCUGCUGAGCCGGUACGCGUCGCUCGAGCGCGCCUAUCAGGCCCUGCAGGUGCAGCUGGAGGAGGCAUACCGCAUGCAGCGCAAUGCACAGGCACAGGCCAUCUACGCCACCACCAAUGCCACCACCAAUGCCACCACCACGGGGGCGGCGCGACGGGAGGACACGUUGCGGUCGGCAGCACCGCCAUCGGCGUCGUCGUCGGUGCCGGGCUACUCGGCUUCUCUUCGUCGCAUUCGCGUGGAUGCGCUCGAGAACUGGGGGGACGGGUACCAUGCCAUGCCCACAGGAGGCCCGAAGAAUGCGUACUACUUCCCUGUGAAUGUGCAGGAGUCGAUGUUGUCGCAGGAGCAUGCACUGCUCGGGCCAGCGUGGCUGCGCAUUGCACCGACAAGCGUCGCCCUUCUUGCACAGCAGUCCUGGGACCUCAUCAUGGAGUGCCCGCUCAGCUGCGUCAGAAAGUUUGGCAAGGAUGAAGGCGUGCUGUCGUUUGAGCUUGGGCGCCACGCCCCCACGGGCCAGGGCGUGCUGUACCUGGCCACCAUCCACAUGACAGAUAUCUUCGACGUCCUUGGCCGCCUCACAGGCUCUCGCUGAAUACCCCAAUCCACACGCAUGUGCACACACACACACGCAUGUGCACACACACACGCAUGUGCACACAUGUUCCCAUACACACCUCUCACAUGCUAGCACCCGUGCCAUCAUACACGCAUACCAUCACAUGCUUAAUCUCUGCCCGUGCUUGCUUCUAUUCUCCACUGUGCAUGUCCCUGCAUGUCCGUCCAUCCUUCUUUAUGCACGUUGUUGUUCUUGUUGCUGUGCACGCGUGCCGUUUGCUGCUGCUGUGUUUGCUUGUCAGUGUCUGUCCUAGCGGGUUCGACAGCACAUUGUUUGAAUGGCUCCCUUUGUUCAUAAUGAAUGUGAAUGUUUGACAUGUGUGUGACGUGUGACUUCUGGUUGCCGUGAUUAUGGUUGCGUGAUGUUGGAAUGACAUGCUGUCGUUCGUGUUUGCGUUUCCCUUCACCCACCUGCCUCCCCCCCCCCCCUUUCUCCCCCUAUCCUGCAAAUAUAUGGGGUUGUGCCGUAUUGCUGUGAUCUUCACGCCACACAGACAGCUUUUGUCGCUUGCGUGCGCGUCAAGCAAACUCGCAUUCCCCCUUUCCCAUGCCAUGUUGCACGUGUUUGUGCACAUGCAUCAAGCAAUGUACCACCAAGCUGAUGAA